AUUCUGAGGCAUUCAUUUCCUACCCCUUUUCAACAAUCCAGAUCUCUUCCCCAUUACAAUCCCAAGGUUCCCAUCCCUCGCUUCCCUUAUCCAAGAAACUGAUCUUUCGUCCACCUAUUAUUCUCCACUUUCACAAAGACAAUUUCCUCCCGCAACACUCUCCUCUCGUUUCCGAGAGAGAGCGAAAAAGUGCGAACUAGAUAGAGUGUGCAUCCAUGGCCGCUUCAUCUUCCAUCACCGCUGCACAAGCCAUCGUAGGGCGGCGCCCCAUCUCCCGUCACGGUUCGGCCGCCCCGGCUCACCAGGACCGGCUCUCCCUUCCGACCGGCUUCGGCCUUAGCUCGCUUUCCGGCCUUGCUGUCAGAUCCGGGGCGAGCCGCCGCUGCACCCUUCCGCCGGUCAUCGAAUCUCGUGCGGCGGCGAUCGAGAUGCUGGAUGUGCAAACCGUUACGGUGGAGCUGAUUGAGAAAUCCAUAAAUACGAUCCGAUUCCUUGCAAUCGACGCCGUCGAAAAGGCGAACUCCGGUCACCCGGGACUUCCCAUGGGUUGUGCUCCAAUGGGCCACAUUCUUUACGACGAGGUCAUGAGGUAUAACCCUAAAAACCCUUACUGGUUUAAUCGCGAUCGCUUCGUCCUCUCAGCCGGCCACGGAUGCAUGCUCCAGUACGCGCUGCUCCACCUCGCUGGCUAUGAUAGCGUCCGGGAAGAGGACUUGAAGCAAUUCCGGCAGUGGGGAAGCAGAACACCAGGCCAUCCCGAGAACUUCGAAACGCCUGGUGUUGAAGUAACAACUGGUCCUUUGGGACAGGGAAUUGCGAAUGCUGUUGGAUUAGCACUUGCUGAAAGACAUCUAGCAGCUCGUUUCAACAAACCAGACAAUGAGAUUAUAGACCAUUAUACAUAUGUUAUUCUUGGUGAUGGUUGCCAAAUGGAGGGCAUUUCCAAUGAAGCAUGUUCUCUUGCUGGGCACUGGGGCCUUGGAAAACUCAUAGCUUUCUAUGACGAUAACCACAUAUCCAUUGAUGGGGACACUGAGAUUGCCUUCACUGAAGAUGUGAGCGCCCGCUUUGAGGCUCUUGGUUGGCACACCAUUUGGGUGAAGAACGGAAACACCGGCUAUGACGAGAUUCGAGCUGCAAUAAAGGAAGCAAAGGCUGUCAAGGACAAACCCACAUUGAUCAAGGUUACAACAACCAUUGGUUAUGGCUCACCAAACAAAGCAAACUCAUAUAGUGUUCAUGGAAGUGCUUUAGGUACAAAGGAAGUUGACGCAACCAGGCAGAACCUUGGCUGGCCCUAUGAACCUUUCUAUGUGCCUGAGGAUGUCAAAAGCCAUUGGAGCCGCCAUGACUCAGAAGGUGCUUCUCUUGAAGCAGAAUGGAAUGCUAAAUUUGCAGAAUACGAGCAGAAGUACAAGGAGGAAGCGUCGGAACUAAAAGGCAUCAUCUUUGGAGAACUUCCUUUAGGAUGGGAGAAAGCACUCCCGAGUUACACCCCCGAGAGCAGCGCCGACGCUACUCGGAAUCUCUCUCAGCAGUGCCUUAACGCACUUGCGAAGGUCCUUCCUGGUUUCCUCGGAGGCAGUGCUGAUCUCGCAAGCUCCAACAUGACUUUGUUAAAAAGCUUCGGGGACUUUCAGAAAGCCACCCCGGAAGAGAGAAAUCUGCGUUUUGGUGUCAGAGAACACGGAAUGGGUGCCAUUUGCAACGGCAUUAAACUCCACAGCCCUGGCCUGUUCCCUUACUGCGCAACGUUCUUCGUCUUCACCGACUACAUGAGAGGUGCGAUAAGGAUAUCAGCCCUAUCUGAAGCUGGAGUAAUCUACGUCAUGACUCAUGAUUCCAUCGGUCUUGGUGAAGACGGUCCGACGCAUCAGCCCAUCGAACAUUUAAUGAGCUUCCGAGCAAUGCCCAACAUUUUAAUGCUCAGGCCAGCCGAUGGGAACGAGACUGCUGGAGCUUACAGGAUUGCGGUUCUUAACAAGAAGAGACCAUCAAUCCUCGCCCUGUCCAGGCAGAAGCUUCCUCAGCUCGCAGGGACUUCCAUUGAAAAAGUUGAGAAGGGAGGGUACAUCGUCUCUGACAACUCGUCUGACAACAGGCCAAAUAUCAUUCUUAUAGGAACUGGUUCUGAGUUGGAAAUCGCAGCCAAAGCUGCCGAUGAGCUGAGGAAGGAGGGGAAGACGGUUCGAGUUGUGUCGCUUGUUUCAUGGGAGUUAUUUGAUGAACAGUCCGAUGAGUACAAAGAGAGUGUCUUCCCUGAAGAAGUCACUGCUAGAAUUAGCAUCGAGGCUGGAGCAACGCUUGGUUGGGAGAAAUUCGUCGGCAGGAAGGGGAAGGCAAUCGGCAUCAACCGGUUUGGUGCUAGUGCUCCGGCGGGGAGACUAUACAAGGAGUUCGGUUUGACGACGGAAGCUGUCCUUGCGGCAGCGAGGAGUUUAUAAACUAUGCAUUGUUUUGAAGCUUCUUCUCUGCAAGGUGGUUCUGAUCACUCUGAGCUCUAAUGGAGAUUUUAGAUACAGAUGGGAGAGCAGUUCAGGUUGAGAUGAUUCGGAUACGUUUUCUGUCUAUAAUAAUAAAGCUUUGCAAUUUUUUAUUGCACUUUUUUCUCUUGUACGUCAUUGAAUCUGAUUGUUGUAUCAAAGUGAACUUUCUCUCUGAAUCUCACUUGGGUUUUAUUAAUUCUACACAAGAAACAUUGAAGUGCAUUAUGUAUAGUCGUUUUGUUCUUUCUUCCACCCCCAGCCUCUUUUGUUGU